AUAUUAUUUCUUCAAAUUACAAGAUGUUAUUAUUUCCCUCUCCCCCUUUCUCAGCCCACUUGGUUUCUCCCUCCCAGAAGCCUUCAGUUUGUAACAACAUGGCGGCGCCCGGUUGGCAAGUAGGGCAUUAUGUCCACAGAAACAGCCGAUUUUUGCUAAAUAAUUUCGAGCAGUUAUGGAGUCACAGGAAUUUUGGUUGGACUACAGCGCUGCGACAACAAGUUGCAGAAGCUAAUAAAGAAUCUACCGAUACUAUUGUCAUCCCCAGGAAGAAAACAUGGAGCAACGUGGCAGUGCUGGAGGCUCUGGCUUCAACUGUCAGCAGGGAUCCUACAGCAUAUUCCUACUACUUCCAGGAUGAUCCUUUCCUCUCUCCCAAGACCGCUUCUGAGUUUAAGUUAUACGCUCUCUCUCAGGAGUCUGGAAGAUCUGCAGCCAAAUUCUUUGUCAACAGUAAUCCCAAGUUCUUCACCAAAGACUUUGCUGAACCACAUAUACCAUGUCUGAUGCCAGAGACUGUGUCACUGCAUCUUGAAGAGUUGAGUGAGGAGGCACUGAAGGAGCGAAUCAACUUGAGGAGAGUUACAGCUGCUGUUGAUAUGUAUGAUCAACUAAUGCAAGCUGGCACAGCUGUCUCUACGGACACGACCCAUGACUUGUUAGACCUGAUCUGUCUCUACUGUGACAGAGACCCUGCGGAGGAGGGACGCCCACAGACGGGGGACACGGAGGAGCCGGCAGAGGAGGUGAAGCGAAGUAAAGGGAGGUUCCAUCGGGCUCCGCACCUCGUGAGGUGGAAGGAAGAAAACAGCGCAGAGAGAAUCUUCAACAUGCUGCCAGAGAGAGACGCACAGAGCUACUCUGCUCUGAUCAGAGGCAUGGUGAAGUAUGGAGCCUAUGAAAAGGCCUUCAGCUUCUACACAGACAUGCUGAACAACAGGCUGACCGCUGACGUCCACGUCUUCAACGCUCUGAUAUCCGCAGCUCCAGAUGUACGAGAGAAAUAUUUUGACAAAUGGGACCUCAUCACUGAGCUGCUGAAGCAGAUGAGUGAGCAGAAAGUUCAGCCCAACCUGCUCACCUUCAACAGCGUUCUCAAAGCUCUGAGAUACUGUGGCUUUCUGGGCAAAACACACGCUCAACACACUCUGAAUGAGAUGAAGGCUUUGGAGAUAGCUCCCAGCCUGGCGUCCUUUGAAAGCAUCAUAGUAAUCUACUCCAGACCAGACACCAAUGGCCAGAUCAACAAUGACGUUUUAAAGGAAGUGAUGUCGGAGCUGGAAGGAAAAAGUUUAACCUGCCAGGAACCCAAUGAUGCUGCAUUCUUCUUGAGCGCAAUGAGAAUAUGUCUGAAUAAUAAAGAUCUGGAGAUGGGUUAUAAGGUCUACAGUCUAGCAGAACAUGGAGACAACUGGAGGCUUCUGGGAUCUUCUCAAAAACAAAAUAUAUUCUACCGUCUCUUCUUCAACCUGCUGUGUACGUUGGAGCACAUCGACGUGGUGUGGAAGUGGUACAGACGGCUGGUUCCCUCGUUGUACUACCCGAACUCUCACUCACUGAGGGAACUGCUGCAGCCUCUGGACACAGACAAUCGUCUGGACUUGCUGCCCACUAUAUGGAAAGAUAUGCGGACUCUGGGUCAUGACAAUAGGACUGAACUGGUGGAGGAGCUGCUCACCCUGAUGGCCAGAGACGAGCACAGUCCUGAGGUCAGAGAUGUGUGGACACCGUGUGCUCUGGAUGUAAAGAGUGUGUAUGAUGACGACAUGAGGAAAAAAGGUCUGGAGUGGAGCAACUCCUCCCUCUCCCACAUCACCUCCCUGCUGCUGCGGGCCAACAAGCAUCAAGAGGCCUGGGAGAUGAUGGAGCUCUUCAAAACCAAGAACAGAGUUCCUGAUGAGGGGCUGUUUGAUCACUUCCUGUCGGUGUGUCACAGCAAUGGCUUUCACCAGAGAGCAGUGAAGCUGGUUCAGCUGUCCGCAGACUUCUUUCUGUGUGCAACACCAAGACUUGCAACGCGAGCACUGGCUGAGUUUGAUCUGACCGAGCCUCAAAGAGCCAUAUUGUCUCAGCUGGAGUCGACAGGAGAGCCCUCUGACUGAAGGAGACGCACAUCUCACACACUCAUAGUGUAUUUGUUUCAUUAUCUGUGUAAUAAACUCAUGUUUGUCACGUAAAUGACA